UCCCAUGGCAAAUUGGUCUCAGGGGAGGGACCAGACGAAGAGCGAUUCAAAAAAAUAUACUUUAUUACUUCUUUUUGAAAAUAAAACUCUUUAAACUACAUUUAUGCUGUACCCUUGUUGUUAUCAAACUCUGAUAACUCUUUUGCAAAAUUUUCUUUGAUAGUUUUCCCUGAAAGGGUCGUUGUUGUUUGAGUGUGACUCCUCCUGUUUACACUAUAUACGGUAGUUGUGCAAAUUACAAUACACAAACUGUAAAAUGUUCACUGCUCAGUGUUUUCAGUUGUUUUUACUUUCAGUGGUGACAUUUAGGACUACGAUUACCAUGUUGAAUGUGUCUAAUAAUUGUCUCUAACUUGUCCUCAUGACCAGUUUUCACUCAUUUUACAUAAGUUUUUCACUGAAUGGUCGACACUGUUGUGUUCUCACUGACAGUAGAACUAUGGAAGCUAACGAAUUCACAGAAGAUUCACAGUGACCUGCAGACUGACAUGAGUGCCAACUGCUGUAUUGACUCCCGUGCACACAGUAUUAAUCAGGUGGUCAUUAUGUUGUGGCUGAUCAGUGUACUGUAUAUGAAACACUCCAUUUACCUGUUUAUGAGUUGGGCAAAGUUUCAUUGCACAUAAAUGCAUUUUUGUCAUUGAAAGCUGCCUUGUAAAAUGUGUGCUUGUGGUGACGAUGAUCAUCAACCAUUACUUUCACAGAGCUGGAACAGUCAGAUUUGCGUAAGUGGCAGAAGGUGGGUGCAAAUCCCCCUGGGGCCCAGGGCUGAUUAUUGAUUAAAGGGGAUUAAAAAGAGGGUCAGGACUUGGCUACUAGUGUCACUCUGAUGCUAUUGUGGUUGUCAUUACAAGUGUAGUAGCCUCUCUCAGGACUAAAUAUGUGGAUACUGCCAGAAAUGAAACAGAAAACAAGAGGACAAUGUUUGAUUUUCAAGGUGAAUGUUGACCAGCCUAAGGUAGGGUUAGUAUUUUCAAUGUGCCAGCCAUUUCUGACAUUUUUUUUUUUUUUUUUUGGGAACCUUGUCCAGACAGAAGUAUCAGCCGCUGGAUUAAAAAGGAAAUUGUUUUAUUUUUAAUCAAAUGGCAUCUUGUUGCUCUUCUCUUCACAAAUAACUGAUCACGUGUCAUUGCAUUUUGUCUUGGUGUUUUCUAUUCCUAGAAACUGCUAAGUGAGAGCACAUUCAUUUUGUGCAUUCAUCAAUGUAGUAUCGCAGAGCUGUCAGCAUCUACCGUACAAGAAUAAUGCAGCAUCCACACAAUAUCGGUCAUGACUGCCAAACUAAGCUUCUUAUGAGAACACUUGCAGAGAACUGUUCAACCAACCCCCCUCCCCUUUGUCCCACACAUUCACUGGAGGAUAACCUGUUUCUCUCCCUCACUCCACCUGUAUCCCACCUUUAAUUCUCCCUGAACUUUAAAGAAAAACCAAAAGAGGAGAAAUAUAUGAUGGCUGUCUUAAGAGUGAAGUUCUCCAAGACCAAGAGGGACAAACUGGCCCAGGUGCUGUGGAUUCUAAACUGGAUCUCAGUGGUGACAGGGGCCAUCCUGUUUAGUCUGGGGCUUUUUCUCAAGGUGGAGAUCAACAAGCGAGGAGAGCUGAUGUCUGAGAGGAACGUCCAGUAUGGGCCAAACAUGCUGAUAGCCGUGGGCCUCAUCGCCUGUGCCAUCAACUUCCUGGGUGGGAAGAUCUGCUACGACUGUGUGGACACCACUAAAUUCUUGCGCUGGAAGUUAGUCAUGAUGCCCUAUAUUAUAUGCACUUUCUUCUUCACUUUUUGUGUCCUGGUGGGGGCUCUGAUGUGUUACAGCAUGCAUGGGGAGUUGGAGGAGUCUCUGAACCUCGGUCUGACGGAGGCCAUGAGGUUCUACAAGGACACAGACACACCAGGACGAUGUUUCUUGAAGCGCACUGUGGAUAUGCUGCAGAUAGAGUUCCAGUGCUGUGGCAACAAUGGCUAUAAAGACUGGUUUCAAAUCCAGUGGAUCAGUAACCGAUAUCUAGAUAUGUCCCAGAAAGAGGUUUUGGACCGAUUGAGAAGUAAUGUGGAGGGGAAGUACCUGAUGGAUGCAGUCCCCUUCAGCUGCUGCAACAUUAACUCGCCCCGGCCCUGCAUCCAGCAGCAGGUCACCAACAACUCUGCCCACUUCAUCUACAAGCACCAGACGGAGGAGCUAAACCUGUGGAUGAAAGGGUGUCGCCAGGCUCUGCUGGAGUACUACACCAAAAUCGUGCAGUCCAUUGGGCUCACAGUCCUCAUCACCUGGCUGUUUGAGCUAUCAGUUUUGACAGGGGUUCGUUACCUCCAGACCUCUCUGGAAAACGUGCUGAGACAGGGGGACCCCAACGCUGAGUCUGAUGGCUGGUUGCUGGAAAACAGCUUCAUGGAAACGGCCCGCACCAACUUGAUCAUCAUCAAGAGCCUUGGCAAGGGCAACCAGAUAGACACAGCCAACGAUGGAGACCCCAACAUUAAUGUUCCCUCUACUUCUAAAGCACGCUAGGGCCAGACAAUGUGCCACCGAAAUCGGUUCACCUUUCUCAGGCCUCCAUGGCAUCACCACCAAAGGCGAAUAAGGGCCUUAAUGUAUCUGAAAGUGCAGUCAGGGCUUAAAUUAAUAUAUCAAGAAUAUGUAGCACCUUUAAAUUAGGCCUCAAGUUAAAAAGGCCUUGUAAGACCUGAAAGAAUAUGAUGAUGAAUGUCAACAUUUUGUUCUGGGUAUUCAGAACAACAGUAUCAUUUUUGGCUCCUUUCCCUGUGUUUUCACUGGGCUUGAAGGAUUAGCAAAUGCAUUAGCAAACAAAGUUGCACCAAGAGUAGCAUAGUGUCAUAUGUACAAUAUUUCUGUGCUUUUGCAGUAGUUAAAACCACAACACCAGACUCAAAUUUACAAGUAAUUGAUAAUAGAUAAGUUGUCUAGCAUUCAAGCCUUCAUUAUGAUGAAUCUACUGUGCCUCUGCGAUGCCACCAUGGUUCAUUCAUCUAAAAACGUGCGAGGUGUUAAAAUGAACAAUUCAAAAUUCAAGCCUUGUAAAAAAAAAAUUCUGCCUGUUUUAUAUGAUGGACGAAACAAUAAAGGACAGUGAACAGAUCAUGUAUUAGCAAACUCGGAGGCAAUGCAGUGUCAGACACCCUGUGUUGGAGCGCCUCCUUUUGUCCUGAUUGUCUACUUUUUAGAUAAAACAAAAUGUGACACUACUGUAUUCAAAUUGAUUCAGGGGACAGCGCAUUUGUAAAUAGGCUAGUGUCUUUAUUUUUACAGCCUGGAAGUCACGUUCAACCAACACAAAAAGGAAGAAAGAAUAUAUUCACACAAUUUGUCUUGAAAACGGUGAGAAAUAAUAGAGUAACUAAAAAGAUACACUUAGAAUUUUUUUCAAUAAAAUGUACAUUUUUUUCUUAAAUAGAAUAUUGCAAUUUUUUAGUAAGUGAAAAAAACACCAUAUGCUGAAUCUGUCUAAAAGUGGUCCGUUCAGUUUUUAUCAUUACAAGACCAAAUAUCUUGGUAUUUCUCUGUCCCAGUCUUUACAGUACGUCAUCAGUUUGGGCUAAUAUGUCAAUUUAAUUAUAAAUGUCCAAAUGUGACAUAUUUGGGAAGCUAAUCCUACAUAAUUAGUGGGCAAAAGCAUAAAUGUGUGGGACGUCUGAUCGUGCCAAAGCAUUUCCAAAUGAAUGUAUUCUCAAACAGGAUCAAUCAAUGUUAUAACUUAUGACUAAUAAUUUCUACCACAAAAGAACAAUGCAGAAAAUUCACAGCAUUACUGAUGAGAGAAAACAAAUUACAUAAAGACCCAUGUCAGUGUGUAUAUGGUGUUUGUCUUUAUUUGAAUGAGCAAUCAACAUUACUCUAAGAGGAGAAACCUAUUCUCACAGCAGACAGUCAAUUAAAA